CCCAACCAGAGGAUCAAUUCCACAUGUCAAAACAUAAAUGGCUAGUUGCUACUUUUCAUCUCAACCGCCAACUAUGCAGAUAACAUCUUAGUAACAAAAUGUGGCCCAUAAACAAGAAAGUGUUCUGAUUCAAUUGUGUGGGUUGAUAACAAAAAUGGCACUAGUUGUUGCUUCUACUGCAUUGUCAAACCUUCCAAUAAUAAGAGAAGUUCCAGGAAAACUUCUAUUUGGGUGUCAAGUCAAGAAAUGUAAUCCUUAUCCUAAUAGUACAAAGUUGAGGGCAGCAAAAGGUGGAGUUUCCAGUGUAUGUGAACCACUUCCUCCUGAUAGGCCUUUGUGGUUCCCUGGUACUUCUCCUCCUCCAUGGUUAGAUGGCAGUCUUCCUGGUGAUUUUGGCUUUGACCCACUAGGAUUAGGGUCAGACCCAGAGACACUAAAAUGGUUCGCACAAGCCGAGCUAAUGCACAGCAGAUGGGCAAUGCUAGCAGUAGCAGGCAUCCUGAUCCCAGAAUGGCUGGAAUCCAUCGGCCUAAUGGAAAACUUUGAUUGGUUCAAUGCUGGAUCACAGGAGUAUUUUGCAGACCCAAUUACACUAUUUGUAGUGCAACUAGCUUUAAUGGGUUGGGUCGAGGGUAGAAGAUGGGCAGACUAUGUGAACCCUGGAAGUGUCGAUAUUGAGCCUAAGGUUCCCAAUAAGAAGAGACCGAAACCGGAUGUGGGCUACCCCGGUGGGCUAUGGUUUGAUCCAAUGAUGUGGGGCAGAGGGUCUCCUGAGCCCGUUAUGGUUUUAAGGACUAAAGAAAUCAAGAAUGGGAGGCUUGCUAUGUUGGCAUUUGUUGGGUUAUGUUUUCAAGCAGUUUAUACAGGAGAAGGCCCUCUUGAGAAUCUUAGCAAACAUAUUGCUGAUCCUGGUCAUUACAACAUUUUUACGGCAUUCUCAUCACAUUGAUAUAUGCAAUUGACCAACGGAACAUGCCCAGUAAUAUGAGUAUGAAAGAGAAAUAUGCACAUUAACAAGAAAAUGACUGUUGUUCAAAGGUUACUAAUUGUUCAUUAUAUUGAUGAAUUUAUAUCAUCUAUUGAUAUUAGUAUUUCUAGUUGCAAGUUUUAAAUAUUUGAUCAAUUCAUGUUAAAAAUUGAAGUAUAUUACUGAUACUUAAAUUGUGAAAUAUUACAUAUAAUGUAUAAUUUACUUGAUUUUUUUUAGAUA